UCCGAGGCAGAACGCGAAGCAGUUACUAAACUGUAUGAUGACGUCAUCGCUAUCGCCAUCACGCUGUUACAAGAGGUAGAGCAAGCCCCAACGCAGACGACAACGCUGAGAAACGCCGACUCACCCACGUUGUCGACAUCAUCAACCGCGAUCGGUGUCCACCUACCAAAAAUUGACUUACCGAAAUUCGACGGCCGGCUCGAAAAAUGGGUUGCGUUCAAGGAUGCCUUCUCAACUAUGAUCCACGCGCAUUCGGGAUUAUCAGACAUACAGAAGUUACACUACCUCCGACUCUCACUAUCAGGCAAGGCGGAAUCCGCCAUUGAGUCCUUUACCAUCAGCGAGGACAAUUACAAGGCAGCGUGGGAUCAGCUGAACGAAACAUACGACAACACGCGAGCGCUCGUCCUGCAACAUGCCGCGUUGCUUCGCAACACGCCCACCAUGACAGACGACACGGCCGAAUCGAUCCGCGAUAUGAUCAACCAUAUGCAAUCUCAAAUCAGAUCGCUGCAAGCGUUAGGAAGGUCGUGGGAAAACAUAGCCAACGACCUUUUAGCUAGCAUCGCCAUCUCAAAAAUGAGUCCAGGGACGAAGCGAGAGUGGGAGCAGACGCUGUCCGACACGACGAUGCCAAAAAUCGCCGACAUUUUUCGGCACCUUCGUAACGCGUCCCAUCGGUGCCGGACCGAGAACUCGCCGACGAACACUCCAGUCGCAAUUAAGAAUCGCGCUUCCGCGGCAUCCGAUACGCCGCCGCGGCAAACACCCACGAGAACCUCACCGGCAUUUCCACGGAAAUCACCGACACCUCCCUGGAAAGUGUCAUCGCCACGGACGGCCAGGAGGCAAACCUUCGUUUCAGCAUCCCAAUCGAGCUGCAAAAUUUGCAACACCGGUUAUCACCCGGCCUAUCAAUGCCAGAGAUUUCUGGACAUGGCGGUGAAAGACCGGCUCCAGGCUGCACGCAAAGCAAAUCUUUGCAUCAACUGCCUCCAAGGGGACCACGCCACCGACCAAUGCAACGGAGGGACAUGUCGUGUAUUAGACAGCGAUCGGAAACCCAUUCAGUGUCGAACCUUGGUGGAUACCUGCUCUAAUGCCAACUUCAUCACGGAGGAUCUGGCAAAAAGGCUACGUUUGCCGUCGACCCGGGCAUCCGUGGCAAUCCAAGGCCUUAAUGAGGUAAACACCGUGGCAUAUAAAGCGGUAUCCACAACCAUUCAAUCGAGGUUAUCCAAUUAUCGACGGACACUCUCGUUCUUCACAAUUCCAAGAAUAUCGGAACGAAUACCGGAUGUCCCACUCGAUCGCUCCCAGUUGCGUAUACCGGCCAACGUUCAUCUGGCAGAUCCAAGCUUCCACCAGCCGGGAGAAAUAGAUAUGCUGAUCGGCACCGGACCAGCAUUGUCAUGCCUCAGUAUCGGCCAAAUCGACCUCUCCAACCGAAGUGGACGCGAUUUGGUCUUACAGAAAACGCAACUGGGCUGGAUCAUCGGAGGAAACAUCCCAACGACGGCCACACGCGACACCCGUAAGGCUUUCGUCACGAGCCUGGACUUCAACUUACAGAAGUUUUGGGAAGUCGAAGAGGGACCUCAGGAUCAACACCGGUUAGAGUUUCAGCCAAGAUGGAUUUACGACGGGGCAAUUGCAGAAAAGCUUCGUCUGUCUACGUGA